AUGCCCGGGAGGUCGUCACGCAAGCGAAAGCGAAUUGACUACAGAGGCACCGAUGUCAAUGCCGAUGAUGACAAGGCGUAUACAAACGAGGCCAGACUGGCACUGGCAACGCGGGAUGCCAAUCGGUUUCCCGUUUUUGAAGUCAAGGACAAAUCAACAGUAUUUCGCAAGGCUUUUUGCGUUCCUCUUAAGGACAAAUCCAGCGCCCAUUACAGUCCAAACAGGCCUCCACCAACACUCGGUCUGAGACGCGGGGCGGUAUUUGUCGCAAAGCCUUUGCAUGACCCAAGCGGAGAAUUUGCCAUCGUACUGUACGACCCAACUAUUGAUGACCGGCCGAACGGAGCUGAACGACUAUCAUCGGCGGACAGAAAUCAGGAGCUUAGAAACUCUCAAAAAUCUGACCCCCCUCUUAUCCACAAAAGCUUGGCUGAAAUUUUGGGAAUCAAGAAAACGGUUGAGAACGAACAUCCACGUGUUCCGGUCGUUCUUGAUCCCAAACUAGCUGGAGUUUUGCGUCCUCAUCAAGUUGAGGGUGUCAAAUUCAUGUAUCGCUGCGUUGCUGGUCUGAUUGAUGAGAAGGCAAACGGGUGCAUUAUGGCAGACGAGAUGGGUCUCGGCAAGACUUUGCAAUGCAUCACACUUUUGUGGACAUUGCUAAAGCAAUCACCCGACGCUGGAAAACCAACAAUUCAGAAAGCGAUCGUCGUUUGCCCUGCAAGUCUGGUGAAAAACUGGGCUAAUGAAUUGACAAAGUGGCUCGGUGCUAAUGCCAUCAAUCCCUUCGCAAUCGAUGGGAAAUCCUCAAAGGAGGAACUGACGCGUCAACUCCGACAGUGGGCUAUUGCUUCGGGCCGGUCUGUCACACGACCCGUGAUCAUCGUAUCGUAUGAAACAUUGCGGUUGAAUGUGGAAGAACUCAAGCAUACGAAAAUUGGUCUGCUUUUCUGUGAUGAAGGCCACCGCCUCAAAAACGGAGAUAGCAACACAUUCAACGCACUCAAUAAUUUGAAUGUGUCGAGACGCGUCAUUCUUACAGGCACUCCUAUCCAAAACGACUUAACGGAAUAUUUCUCGCUAACCAGUUUCGCAAACCCGGAUCUACUCGGCUCACGACUAGACUUCCGAAAGCGCUUCGAAAUCCCUAUCCUCAGAGGCCGCGAUGCAGAUGCUUCUGAGAAAGAUAAAGAGCGUGGCGAUGCGUGUACCUCGGAGCUACUCGCAAUCGUCAAUAAGUUUCUCAUCCGCAGAACAAACGACAUUUUGUCCAAGUAUUUGCCUGUCAAGUACGAGCACGUUGUCUUCUGCAAUCUCGCACCAUUUCAGUUGGAUCUGUACAACUACUUUAUCACCAGCCCUGACAUCCAAGCCCUACUACGGGGGAAGGGAAGUCAGCCCUUGAAGGCGAUCAACAUGCUCAAGAAACUUUGCAAUCACCCAGAUCUUCUCAAUUUAGGUGAGGACUUACCCGGCUCUGAAGACUGUUUCCCCAAGGAUUACGUUCCCAAAGAAGCUCGUGGGCGAGACCGCGAAAUCAAGCCAUGGUACUCCGGAAAGAUGCAAGUGCUAGAUCGCAUGCUGGCUCGCAUUCGUCGGGACACAAACGACAAAAUUGUUCUUAUUAGCAAUUAUACAUCGACAUUAGAUUUGUUCGAAAAGCUGUGUCGAUCACGUCAAUACGGAUCCCUGCGCCUGGAUGGCACGAUGAACGUGAACAAACGUCAAAAACUUGUGGACCGCUUCAAUGAUCCUGAAGGUGAUGAAUUUGUAUUCUUGCUGAGCAGCAAGGCAGGCGGCUGCGGUAUCAAUCUAAUCGGUGCAAAUCGACUGAUCCUCUUCGAUCCGGACUGGAACCCAGCCGCAGAUCAACAGGCUCUCGCACGUGUGUGGCGUGACGGCCAGAAAAAGGAUUGCUUUGUCUACCGCUUCAUUGCGACUGGCACUAUUGAAGAGAAGAUUUUCCAACGCCAAUCGCACAAACAAAGCCUUUCGUCAUGCGUGGUGGACUCUGCAGAGGACGUUCAGCGCCAUUUCUCCCUUGAUGGCCUCAGGGAGCUCUUUCAGUACCGAUCCAACACAAGAAGUGACACGCACGAUACAUUCAAGUGCAGGAGAUGCCGACCAGACGGGAAUCAAUAUAUCAAAGCCCCAGCACUUCUGUACGGUGACACAAGCACCUGGAACCAUUUUACGAAUGAUGGCCUAAAGCCUAUUCAAGAUUUAUUGCUGAGGCAGGAACACGGAGAGCGUGAUGUAUCUGCCAGUACGAGCUUCUUGUACAUUAUUGAUGGGGCAGCCGUUUUCCUCUGGCUCCCUAUGCUUUUGUUGGUUCUAGCUUUCUAUUUGCAAUUCAUGGCGAGUCAUGACAAUCAUUGCGGCACAAAAAUUCAGCCAGAUGAUAACGUUAUUGCGAGUGUGUGUAAUCGAGCUGGGCUAUUGGACGUGAGAGGCGAAAUAGCUGGCUGGUCCUUACAGGUCACCAAAGCUACACUGGUGCAUCGCGCAGCCAGCCAUGGCAGUGAGGAACUCGGUUGA